ACUGAGUCCUUGCACAGACUCACCCUUGUGCUGAUUUUAGGAGCUCAAGGUGCCGUUGGAGUGUUACAGCAAGAGCGGUGCGCAGGAGAGGGGACGAGCCGCUGCAGCGCAGAUUCUUCUUCCACUUGAGCCGCUGGACUGAAGAAGGGGUCUGAGGUCCCUGGUGGAGAAAAGGAGGCGAGGAGGAGGAGGAAGAGGUUUCCCUUGGACUCUAAGCCAUCAAACCAGAAAACCAAACCAUGUCACAGGUCAUACAAAACCACGUGUUGCGUGUUGGACAGACCGUGUGCGUUUCCUCGCAGGAGGAAAGCAAGAGCUUGCACCCGGGGGGGUACCCGGGCUGCUCCGCGCUGCCCAUGAAGUACGCCUACUACUCGACGGAGGGCUGGGCUGCCCCGUCCGCAGGGGUGGCCACCAACACGCGCCUGCUUCCCGCCCCAGGGCUGUACGGAGCCCACCCCGUGCUCGAGCGUGUGGCUGCUCACGCGCAGGGGAAGGGGCAGCAGGACCCCUCAUCAGAGACACCCGCUGCCCCGUAUCAGCUGAAGGAGGAGGGGGACACCGGCACGGACCUCGAGGCUCACGUGGUGUCUCCUACCUUGGACAUAUCAAUAGAGAGUCUCAACCAGCUGAUCCUAGAAAUCGAUCCGACCUUCCAGCCGCUCCCGUGCAAGCCGGCGAAGGAUGUGGUUCAACCUCCUUCCCAGGGCGAUGCUGCUGCCACCAGGAAACAAGGGCCGGAGGCAAUAGACAUUAAAUACAUAGAGAUGACGCCGGGCAGAGCCCCGUGCCCCGAGCUGCUGCAGGGCUCCCCCAGCCCCUCGGCCACGCCGUUCUCGAGGUCCCCCCAGGGCAAUGGCUUCCUGCCCCAAAAAGGGCUUCUCAGAGGCAACUACAGCACCAGUGGCAGCGUGGUUUUCUCGAGCCCUCCUGGACCCGCGAGCCCCCGCUCAGGCACCCUGAGCUGCGCCGCGUCCCCGCCCUGCAGCAAAGCCUCCGAGUGCAUCGCCGUGCCCGCGCAGGGCCGGGCAGACAGCAUCUCCUACGGCCCCAGUGCCCUCGGCACCUCCCCGGGCUUCGGCAAUUUCCUGAAGCCCGUGCACAUGGUGAGGGCCCAGCAGAGGAGCAGCUGGGUCUCCCUGCUCUCCACGAGCCCCGGGUCGGACACCAGCUACAUCCUCGGAAGCAGCACCCACUCGCUCCACACCGACGACGGGGAUGCUCACGCCGCUGCCUGCUGCUCCGCUGAGUGCCCGUCCCCUGCCAGCCCCCUGGGCAGCCCCUGCCCACCUUCCCCGAGGUCUCACUCUGGAGGAGCCUUUGGGCUGAGUCCCCCCCAGCCCAGGGCAGGCUGCUCUGCCAAAGUCAACACCUCGCUGUCCCAGAAGGGCCAGGCCAGCAGCUGCCCCCCCUCCAUCCUCAACUCCGCAGCCGACAUCCCCGUGCUGCUGGUCAACGGGUGCCUGGAACAAGGAGACGUGUCCUCUGGGCUGGCCAAAGUGCCCCCCAGCUCUGUCACGCAGACCCCCCCACCCGGCUGCAGCCCGCCCUCGAGGUUCGGUGGCCUGAACAACGCGCUGUCUGCACCGGCGCUCUCCUGCCUCUCGGACAGUCCCCUCAGGGCUGGGCAGCCCACCAUGAAGUUUGUGAUGGACACAUCGAAGUACUGGUUCAAGCCGAGCAUAACCCGGGACCAAGCAAUCCAGCUGCUGAAGGACAAGGAGCCAGGCACGUUCGUUGUGCGGGACAGCACGUCGUACCGGGGGUCUUUUGGGCUGGCGAUGAAGGUUCCCGUCUCUCCGUCCGGCAGCCAGACAGAUCUCGCCGACGGAGUUGACGGCCCUGACGGCACCGCCGAGCCCGCGCUGACCCCGCCGAGGAGAACUGCCGUGUGCAACGUCCUGUACCUCAGCUCGGUGCACAUGGAGACGCUCACGGGAGCCCCGGCCAUCCAGAAAGCCGUCUCCUCCACCUUCGAGCUGGAGACCCUGCCCACUCCCACCCUCGUGCACUUCCGAGUGACCGAGCAGGGCGUCACGCUGACGGACGUCCAGAGGAGGGUGUUCUUCAGGCGACACUACCCCUUGGCUGCCAUCAGGUUUUGCGGGACGGACCCUCAGAACAGAAAGUGGCAGAAGUACUGCAAGUCUUCGAGAAUCUUUGGGUUCGUGGCCAAAAGCCAGACAGAUUCGGAGAACCUCUGUCACCUGUUUGCAGAAUACGACACCGUGCAGUCAGCGUCGCCUGUCAUCGACCUUCUCUGCACGCUCCUGCCAGGCCCGUAGAGGACAGAAACUCCGGGACAGCUCAGGGCUGGCAGCUGCCCCCCCCCCGCUGCGAGCUUCUGCUGCUCACCCUCUCCUGCUUCCGGGUUGCAUUUUGGCAACACCUCGUAUUUAUAUUUUUUUGUUACGUACCAUCACGUCAAGAGUCUCAGUUACAGAUUUCAUGCUGUGGUGGGAUGAGGCGUUUCUCCGAGACCCUCUGCGGGGUGUCACAGGGCAGCGCUCGCCGCGGUGGCCGGCGUGGGCCAGCUGUCCCCGAGCAGUUGUGCCAGGCCCGGAGCAGCUGGGAGCUGCCCCCCCCCACCCCGCCAGCACCCUUCCCUUUGCUCCGCAGGACUGAGAAACUCUGGCUGAGAUUUCUGCCGGCAACGGGGGCUCAUGCCAGUGCUCAGGGCGCCCAAGCUGAGGAGCUCAGCUCCCGCCUUCGGAGACUCAGCCCUAACCCCCCCCAGGGCCACACGAGGGGAGGUCUGGUGAGGGCAGGGGGGGGGGACUCACCUCUCUGACCAGCUUCAGGAGGCGGUUUUGCAAAUCAAAGUGUAUAAAAUGACCAGGCCCUGCUGAAAAACCCGGCUUCCCUCAAAGGGCAAGACACCGCCAUGGCAGAGCGGCGUAUUUUUUGCCUGGUGCUGGUAAAUUCUCCUGCCCUUUUUUGCAGAGCGGGGUUACAGGCUAGCUCAACCUCCAGGCACCGCGGCAAAGCCGAGAAAUAAAUGUUGACAUUUUCAUGACAGUAAAAUGUUGGAUUUUUGGAAAUGACUUGCAUGAAUUUGGGCCAGAUCCUCAGAUGACGUAAAUUGGCGCAGCCUCGUGGAAGUCAGCGCUGCCCUGAUUUACACCAGCUGAAGAUUCAGCUCUUGCCGGAAUCUCGGAGCGGAGCAGAGCGGCUCCGAGUCCGCGCAGUCGCCUCCCUUAGCGCUCGCUUACCUCGUGCCUCUGCGUUGUUUUAAUUUUGGGCCCUGUGCUAACAAACCCUGCUGAGGUGCAUUUUCAAUAAAGCCGAGGAUCGUUUCUCUCGCCACGAACGCUGCGGAGUCGUUAGCGACUGGAGCGCGUCGCUCUGCUCUCCCCGG